AUGUAAGAAAAUAAUGAAUAGUCCUUAGAAGAUCUCAGUAAAGAAGUAUUGGUGUCAUAAUUGAAAGAUAAAAUAAAGGAAAACAAAACCAUCACUAAAAAAUUGGAUAAAUUAUCUGAGAAAUAUGUUUAGACCUACAAAGAGUAUAAACUAAUUGCUAAAGACAGAGAAACCUUAUUCCAAGCUAUCUCAUCAAUCUUAAAUGAUGAAAUUUACAAAUUUGAGUAGAAGCCUUUGGGUUAAUUUGAUCAGAAUCAAAUACUUGAUUUACUUAAACAAAAGGACGAAGACAAAUCCAAAGCUUUAACAAAUCUAAUCAAAGAAACUAACAAUGAAAAAUUCCAAUUAGAAGAAAAAUAUAGAUAAAUGAUCGAGAAACAAGGGUAAAAUACUGAUCAAAAGACUCAAUAAAUAAUCAAAUAACUAAAAUAAUAGAUAAAUGAUCUAGAUGUUAAUAAUACACGAUUGGCCAAAGAAAUUAUCGAAUUGAAUGACAUAAUAUAAAUUAAAAAUUCAUAAUUGCAAACCCUUCAUUAAUUGGAAGAAGAUAAUGCAAAUUUGAAAACCUAAUUAAUGGUUCAAGAAUUAUAAUUGCAAUAGCCAGAUAGAGCUAAUAAAAUAAAUUCAUCAGAUCUUAUGAAUGAAUAACUUAAGCUAAAAUAAUAGACUGAUAAAUUACUGGAGGAGAUUCAAAAAUAGAAUACCAAAAUUUAGGAAUUAGAACAAUAAUUAUAAUCUAAAAAGUAAGCAGAAUUGGAAAAAAAUAAAUUACAGAAAAAUUAUGAAACUCCAACACCUGAUUACGAUGAAAUUAAUCCCUUUGAAUAGGAUGCUACCUUAAAAUAAUAGGAUUUUGUUCCAAACAAAUAGAUAUCAAAUAAAUAAAUCUAGACAGAUCAAAUUAAUGUGAACAAAGAGGAUGCAGAUAGCAAAAAUGCCAAUUUUGAAUAUUUAAAGAAUGUUGUAUACAAAUACUUCUUGUACUAAGAAACUAGGAAUUAUAAAGAAGCUACUAUUUUAAUGAAUGCAAUUAUGACCAUAUUAAAAAUGUCUAAUGAAGAGAAAAGAAGAAUCGAUUAAGCGAGGGAGAGGGGUUUCCUAAAGAACGCAAAAAAUCUCAUAAGUGAUAGUUUCGCUUGUCUCAAAUAACCCCAAUUAAACGACAUAAAUCUGGAAAGACCAAUUAGCAGAGUUGAGUAAAUGAAUAAACAUAUGAUGAAUUGA